UCAUGUGACGUCAUAAUACGACAUGUCGUGUAGUGAUGGCGGACGAAUGCCGCGGAAGAGCACGUCGAAGUCACCGAAGAAGUCACGAAAGUCCGAGGAUCGAACAACAAAACACGAUAUUCCGUCAGUGCACAAGAGGAACUUAUAUUUCGUUUCUUUCCCAGUGAUAUUUUUAUUUGAUGUUUUACGUUCUGUGUUGUAUCAGUUAUUUGUGAUAUUGAAGUACUUAUAUACGUCCACAUCAAAGUUGGUGCACCGUCCAAAGACAAAUUCAACUUGCAAAGUAGAAAUUGUUAUACCGGAAAGUGAAUGUGAAGCUCAAGACUAUCCACAAGAUAUGUCACAGCUGCACCCAAAACAUCCCACAGGUCCAGGUCCCGGUGAUCCGUUACUGGCCAAGCAGAAACAUCAUCACAGAAGGGCGUUUGAAUUUAUUUCAAAGGCGCUAAAGAUAGACGAAGAAAAUGAAGGUCAGAAGGAACUGGCCAUUGAGCUGUACAAGAAGGGCAUAUCGGAGCUGGAGCAGGGGAUUGCAGUGGAGUGUGUUGGGGGGAAGGGAGAGGUGUGGGAGCGAGCCCAACGCCUGCAUGACAAGAUGAAGACAAACCUGGUGAUGGCAAAGGAUCGUCUUGACUUCCUAGGUAUUGAGCCUGCCAGCAACACGCUCCUGCAGGAAGCAUUGCAUGCUCCUGUCACUCUUGAGCAUCUGGGCCAGUUAGCAGUGUCACGUGAGACAUGCCCAGCCCCUCGGGGGAAGACUCAGCGAUCAAGGGUAGCUCCCCAACCCCUCAACACCCCUAAAACAGAAACUAAACCAUAUACACUGUUGAACAAUAAGGGGAGCCCCAGACCAAAACAGCAGGAGUUCAAAUUGCCACCUCCCCCUCCUCCCACUCACAGGCCCUCAGAAGCUCUUGGACGGAAGCUGAACAUUCCAGGAAAGAGGAUAGCAGGCACAGUGAUGAACAAGAGCCAGACCUUACCACGUAGCAUGGGCCGAUCCCAGAGAAACAUCAUUUCUCCUCGACCCAACAAGCCGACAUCCACACCUCCAGCUAUCAAAAGACAACUCUCUGGGCCCAGCAGUUCUCCUGCACGCAGGGCCAGCGGCAGCAACAACAACAGUUCUGCUGCAAAGGCCACACCAUCUCGUAAAACUCCAUCUCCUGCUCUGAAAGGUGUGGACCCAAAACUUGCUCAAAUCAUAUUGGAUGAAAUUCUUGAAGGAGGUGCGUCAGUCCAGUGGGAAGACAUAGCAGGACAAGAGGUGGCCAAGCAGGCGUUACAAGAGAUGGUGAUCCUGCCGUCGUUGCGCCCAGAACUGUUCACGGGCCUGCGCACUCCGUCCCGGGGAUUGCUGCUCUUUGGACCACCUGGCAAUGGCAAGACAUUGUUAGCACGUGCUGUCGCCACUGAAUGCAGUGCUACAUUCUUUAGCAUCAGUGCUGCCAGUCUGACAUCGAAGUAUGUUGGUGAGGGUGAGAAGCUAGUCAGGGCCCUGUUCUCUGUUGCCAGGGAGUUGCAGCCGUCCAUCAUCUUCAUUGAUGAAGUAGACUCACUUUUGUCUGAGCGGCGAGAGGGUGAGCACGAGGCAAGCCGGCGCUUGAAGACUGAGUUCCUGGUGGAGUUUGAUGGCCUCCCAUCAAACCCUGAGGAGAGGGUUCUGGUCAUGGCUGCAACAAAUCGCCCCCAAGAAUUGGAUGAAGCGGCUCUCAGGAGAUUUUCAAAGCGCAUAUAUGUGACACUACCAGAUCAUGCAACACGAGUUUUACUUUUGAGGCGGCUGUUAAGUCGACAUUGCAGUCCCUUGUCUCAGGAGGAGCUGGCUAAACUGGCCACUGUUACGGAAGGAUAUUCUGGAAGUGAUCUCACAGGACUGGCCAAAGAUGCAGCUCUAGGACCAAUAAGAGAUUUUCAUGCUAUAUGUGGCUGCUGCUUGGAUAGCUGCUGUAUGAGAAGGAGAAGAAUGCUUGUAAGAACAAGGGCCUCACAGGUGAACAAGUUAUUUAAUGGGUCCUUGCUCUAGCGAGUGUAAGCUCUUUCCAUUUACAUAAUGCCCAUCCUCAGUCCACAAAUUGUAAGGGGUAUGAACAAAAAUGAUAAAUAUUUACAUUGUCAUGUCAAUUAUCUCUAAUAAGAAAUGUGUAUAUAUAUAUGAAUCCUGUAAUUUUGUAAGAUUGCACAAUCUGAUUAUGUUAAAGUAAUGGCAUUUUAUUUUUAACUACUAUAUAUGAAAUGCAUUUUCACUAUGUUGGAUUUAAGGUUCUUAUGGUGAUGACUGUGAAAUAUGCAGUCUUCUGGGGUGUAAUGCCAUAUAGAUAAGGGAGAGCCCAACAUUUUGGAGGAACGUAUUGCCUCCAUCUGCAGCUUCAAAGAGUAAGCUGAGCAAGAAGCCACUACAGGCAGGAGGCAAGCUGGGUUACUUCUGCUGCUCUCAAUCUUGACUGACUAUUAAACGCUGAAGAUCAAGGCAGUGUGUUCAUCUGAAAUGUUGGGCUGUCUGUGAACUACAUGGUGUUAUAACCCAGACAACUGUACUCUUUGCAUCUCAAAUUUUUGUCUGUGAAGUUACUGUAAUGUUGCUUGUCAAGAUCCUUCUAGAACAUUGUUGAUAGUGAGACAAAUUGCCCACAUUUUUUGCUUUUGAUCCUACUCUCACCCCACCUUUUCUCUUUAAAUAAUCAUAUUUUGCAGUGUAGAUUAUAAUAGUAAUUCAGAAUGUCAGAAAAUAAUUAUUUGUUCAUAAAACUUGUUGAUAGCAUUGGUUUUCCUAACAUAUGGCUUAUACAGUAAUAUCAGUUCUCUUGCUGUUGACAUUUCAGUCUCAUUUGUUCUGAAUGCAGUUACUUAUACCUAUAAUCAAGCAGCAGCAUACCAUGUGGUGGUUAUAUUGAAAACAUUUCCUGAAUCUCUCAGUAUUAGUGCCCUAGAGAUACCACUGCUUCUAAAAAGAAUUUAAAUCUUCUGAAUGUUGUUCUUCAGAAGAAAGAAGAAAGAAAGAAAAAGAGAUUCUUGUGCUUUUUUCAUGAGAAGUUUUAAGUAAAGUGCAGACAGAACAUUCAGACUACAGCAGUUCAUACUUCAGCCUUUGUGUUAGUAAAUACUCCUCUUUCUCUCCCUAGUCCACAUUUUCCUUUAAAUAUCUCAGCAUGUCUUUUCUGCACUAUUAUCUUAGGUCAUCUUCAUUCACUUCUUCCAGACCUUUAAAUAGUAUAUUUUUAAUUGAGAGUUGCAACUGACAUAACUGCUAUUGUAGAGCUUCUAUUUUCUUUGGCAUCUUUAGUGUUUUCAAAAAAAAAAGGUCUUAGAAUUUGAACAGCAUUUGUUACAUUUCUGCUUUUUGUAAUGUGAAGAAUAUAUAUAUAUAUACAGUAA